UCUUCAUUCAUGGGGAAUACUAAUGAUGAAGAUCAGGAGCCUUUACUGAAUGGGACCUCAUCUCCCACCAGAUACACUGAGGAGGAUGAAGCUGCUGGUGGAGACAGCACAAGAGAGUUUCAUUCUUUAUGGGACAAAAUUAAAUUUAAGACUAAGGAAACUGCUUUGAAGUCUUGUCAAGACUUCCGUCUCCUUUUCUCUGGCGGAAUGUGGAAAACCUCGAUACUCCUCAUAGUCAUUUGGUUGGGUUGUGCCUGGUUGUAUUACGGAGCUAUUCUAAUUACUACGACAAUCCUGGAAACUGGAUACGAUCCUCACUGUGGAAGUGUCAAUCAGUCAUUUAACUCAGGCUGUCAAAAUCUCACAAGCUCCUUUUACUUGAAAAUUAUUUGGACUUCAGCUGCAGAGUUUCCUGGUAUUAUAAUUACACUGGUUAUAAUUGAAAUCGUUGGACGUAAGAUCACAAUGGCACUUGAGUUUGUUGGCUGUGCUAUAUUCUUUGGAUUGAUAUUAAUAUGUGUAUCAGAUACCUGGUUAACUGUAUUCCUCUUUGGUGCCAGAGCGUUUGUGACUGGUGUAUUUCAGGCAGUGUAUGUCUACACUCCAGAGGUGUUCCCCACCAAAGUGAGAGGAGUUGCAAUGGGAUUUAACACUGCAGCUGCUAGAGUAGGAGCAAUAGUAACACCUUAUGUUGCUCAGACAUUGUUUCCGAUAAGUGAUUACGCAACUAUAGGACUAUAUGUUGGUUCUUCACUUAUAUUGGUUGUUCUCUCUAUCUUGCUACCAAUAGAGACUAAAGGGAGAUCGUUAAGAGACAAUAAAGGAACGAAAUAAAUAUGAUUAUUUUUAAUUGACAAUAAUUGUUUUAUUUAUUAUUAUUAUUAUUAAGUAUGGUAAUCUUGCUGCUU